GUCCCAGUUAAUGACACCGUUGUGCAGUCCAUGAAGGUCAAUGUCACCGCAGUCGCACCGCCUGGAGCUCCCCACAUGAAAGACAACACAUGUCACAAUGCUGUUUCUGAGGUGAUCUACGAGAUAGAAUUCAGUGGCACACAUGGGAUUCAGGGUGUUUCUGUCCGGUUCAAAGUGAGCAAUAUCUCUGGGAACUCCGGAUCCUCUCUGCAGCAGCGCUUCACUGUGCACUUCUGGACCAGAACUCUUUCUCAUACGUUGCCCAGAAGUGGAAACCCUGGCUAUAUCACUGGAGCACCACUGCUGAUUGCAGAUAGUGGUGCUGUGCAGCAUAUGAGCAUUUUAUGGAGCGAAGGUGAUGGGAGUUGCUCACAGUCCCUUAGACAUGCAGUACAAUUUGGAAGAAAUAUGAGGACAGGCUGCAAGCUCAGCCUAUCCCCAAUACCAGAAGAAGGUAACUGUAGUUACAUCCAGCAGAAGUUAUACAAUGCUCUUCAGGGGAUGAACAGAGCAGAGGUCCUUGCGAUAACUGGCAGUGCUCAUGCAACCCAUCCAGAAGAGUGGACCACCAUUCUGAUUCAGAACUGCGAUGUGCAGGCUGUGAAUUGCACUUCCUGUUGCAUGGUUCCUGUGACCCUGGAGAUAAAGAUAUUGUGGAGUAAUGUGGGGCUCCUGUCCAACCCACAAGCUCAAGUAUUGGGUGCACAGUACUUUUAUCAGUGUCACCCCCUGAAGCUCCUAAGCACAAGCAUGGUACCUUUGACAACUGUUGUCACCUUCACUGACAUGACGGAAUGGCCAGAACCUCCACGAGGCCAGCCCCAAGUGCACUGGAAACUCCCAUUUGACAUCUUUUACCCACUCAAGGUGGCACUGAAUAUGGAAAGAAGUUACAGAAGUGAUCUGUCUGGCUAUUCUUUGUUGAUUCUGAUAGUGUCUGGUAUUCUCUGCUUUUGA